CAGUCCUUUACCACUUGGCUGUGUGACUCUGGGUGUUGAGCCUCUCUGAGCCUUAAUUUCCUGAUCUAUAAAACAGGGAAGAUAAUACUUAUUGUGAGCUGAUCUCUGCGAAGCUUUUAGCACAGAUCCUGGCACACAGUUUAAAUUUUUGAAAUUGAAAUAGGCCUACACAUUAGGAACUCAUGUCUUUUCUUGUAAGUAAACCAGAGCGAAUUAGGCGGUGGGUCUCGGAAAAGUUCAUUGUUGAGGGCUUAAGAGAUUUGGAACUAUUUGGAGAGCAGCCUCCGGGUGACACUCGGAGAAAAACCAAUGAAGCGAGCUCAGAGUCAAUAGCAUCCUUCUCCAAGCAGGAGAUCAUGAGUAGCUUUCUGCCGGAGGGAGGGUGUUAUGAGCUGCUCACCAUUAUAGGCAAAGGAUUUGAGGACCUGAUGACAGUGAAUCUAGCAAGGUACAAAUCAACGGGAGAGUAUGUGACGGUACGAAGGAUUAACUUAGAAGCUUGUUCCAAUGAGAUGGUGACGUUCUUGCAGGGGGAGCUUCAUGUGUCUAAACUCUUCAGUCAUCCCAAUAUCCUGCCCUAUCGAGCCACCUUUAUUGCAGACAAUGAGCUGUGGGUUGUCACGCCAUUCAUGGCAUACGGUUCUGCAAAGGAUCUCAUCUGUACUCACUUCAUGGAUGGCAUGAAUGAACUGGCCAUUGCUUACAUCCUGCAGGGGGUGCUCAAGGCCCUUGACUACAUCCACCACAUGGGAUAUGUACACAGGAGUGUCAAAGCCAGCCACAUUCUGAUCUCCAUGGAUGGGAAGGUCUACCUGUCUGGUUUACGCAGCAACCUCAGCAUGAUCAGCCACGGGCAGCGGCAGCGGGUGGUCCACGAUUUCCCCAAGUACAGUAUCAAGGUUCUGCCUUGGCUCAGCCCGGAGGUCCUCCAGCAGAAUCUGCAGGGUUAUGAUGCCAAGUCCGACAUCUACAGCGUGGGAAUCACAGCUUGUGAGCUGGCCAACGGCCAUGUCCCCUUUAAGGAUAUGCCUGCCACCCAGAUGCUGCUGGAGAAGCUCAAUGGCUCGGUGCCCUGCCUGCUGGACACCAGCACCAUCCCUGCCGAGGAGCUGACCAUGAGCACCUCGCGCUCAGCGGCCAACUCUGGCCUGAGUGACAGCCUGGCCACAGGCACCCCCCGGACCUCCAACGGAGACUCGCUAUCCCACCCCUACCACCGUACCUUCUCCCCCCACUUCCACCACUUUGUGGAGCAGUGCCUUCAGCGCAACCCGGACGUAAGACCAAGUGCCAGCACCCUCCUGAGCCAUUCUUUUUUCAAGCAGAUCAAGCGACGAGCCUCAGAGGCUUUGCCUGAGUUACUUCGUCCUGUCACCCCCAUCACCAGUUUUGAGGGCAGCCAGUCUCAGGGUCACAGUGGGAUCUUCGGCCUAGUAACUAACCUGGAAGAGCUGGAGGUGGACGACUGGGAGUUCUGAGCCUCUGAAGAAGGUGCACAUUUCCCAGCACGGGAUGGACGUGCGAGCCUCCGGGGCCCUCCCUGAGGGCUGGCCACAUUCCCACCCUCCGGGGUGCAGACUGGGUAAAGGACUUUUCUGCCAGGAGAGUUGCCUGCUUGCUGGUGGGGAAGAAAUUCCCGGAGAGAAACUUUUCUUUACUGCUCCAAGGCUUCUGAGACACCAACCAGGGAUCCGGACCAGCCAGAAAGCGGAUAUUCCCAGUCCUGGGAGUUCAAUGACCUCUUCAGAAGGAAGAGAUGCUAUCCUGGCCCUGGGGGCUGAAGUUCAAGUCCAGGGUUUGACUCAUUGACACAGAGAACUGUGUGACUUCCUCUUCCCACUCAUGCUCUCCUACCAGCCAAAUUCCAUUCUUUUCCAGUGUUCCCAGAUGCUGUAGGCCCAUGAAGAGGCCAGCAAUAAGCACCCUGUGCCCCCUCCCCUCGGACCUCUCCCUAGUAACUGGGGGAAGGGUGUGAUUCUCUUUUUAAGCACCAGGUCAAGGCUAGGGCAGUCUGUCUGACCCUUGUCGUUGGGCCCUUCCUCCAUAGUUGAUCUGUGUAGUGCAUUCCUUUCCCACCAAGUCCAUCCCACCGCCUCCUGCCGUUGCCUUGGUGCUUUCUCUUAAGGGUCCUAAUGUCUUGCCUAGCCAGAGGGCGUAAGUCCUUACACCGUGUUUGUUUUAUUGUCAGAACAAAUUAAAAUUUUCAGAGAACCCA